CAUUCCCAGUAUGCACCGCGGCCACACCAGCGAAAAAAUACUCCGGUAACUGGAAAGGGCCGACUAAAAGCAGAUCUAAACGGAUAGCUAACUACUUCUUCGUUUAAAAGUAUAAUAACAUAUAUUACCAAUAUGGCAGACAACGAAAAACUGGACAACCAAAGGCUGAAGAAUUUCAAAAAUAAAGGUCGCGAUUUGGAGACUAUGAGAAGACAAAGAACCGAGGUGGUUGUAGAACUGAGAAAGAACAAACGUGACGAGCACCUCCUGAAGAGAAGGAACGUGCCCCAAGAAGAUAUUUGUGAUGACUCGGAUGUCGAUGGAGAUUUCAGAUCGCAAAACACCUCUUUAGAAGCUAUAGUGCAAAAUGCCACCAGUGAUAACCAGGGGAUCCAGCUGAGUGCAGUGCAGGCUGCCAGGAAGCUGUUAUCGAGUGACCGCAACCCACCCAUUGAUGACUUGAUCAAGUCUGGCAUUUUACCCAUACUAGUCCACUGUCUGGACAGGGAUGACAAUCCAUCUCUGCAGUUUGAGGCUGCCUGGGCUUUGACCAACAUCGCCUCGGGCACCUCCGAGCAGACCCAGGCCGUCGUGCAGUCCAAUGCAGUUCCCUUGUUCCUGAGGCUGCUGCACUCCCCUCAUCAGAAUGUGUGUGAGCAGGCCGUCUGGGCUCUGGGCAACAUCAUAGGUGAUGGCCCUCAGUGCAGAGACUACGUGAUCAGCCUGGGCGUGGUCAAGCCCCUGCUGUCCUUCAUCAGCCCCUCCAUCCCCAUCACCUUCCUCCGCAACGUCACCUGGGUCAUGGUCAACCUGUGCCGCCACAAGGACCCCCCGCCCCCCAUGGAGACCAUCCAGGAGAUCCUGCCUGCCCUGUGUGUGCUGAUCCACCACACGGAUGUGAAUAUCCUGGUGGACACCGUGUGGGCUCUGUCCUACCUGACGGACGCAGGUAACGAGCAGAUCCAGAUGGUCAUCGACUCUGGCAUCGUCCCUCACCUGGUGCCGCUCCUCAGCCACCAGGAGGUCAAAGUGCAGACUGCUGCGCUGCGUGCUGUGGGGAACAUUGUUACUGGGACGGACGAGCAGACCCAGGUGGUCCUCAACUGCGACGCCCUCAGCCACUUCCCCUCUCUGCUCACACACCCCAAGGAGAAGAUCAACAAGGAGGCGGUGUGGUUCCUGUCAAACAUCACUGCAGGAAACCAGCAGCAGGUUCAGGCCGUGAUCGACGCCAACCUGGUGCCCAUGAUCAUCCUCCUCCUCGACAAGGGUGACUUUGGCACUCAGAAGGAGGCUGCCUGGGCCAUCAGUAACCUGACAAUAAGCGGCCGGAAGGACCAGGUGGCGUACCUCAUCCAGCAGCAGGUCAUCCCGCCGUUCUGCAACCUGCUGACCGUGAAGGACGCGCAGGUCGUCCAGGUGGUGCUGGACGGCCUCAGCAACAUCCUCAAGAUGGCCGACGACGAGGCCGAGACCAUCGCCAACCUGAUCGAGGAGUGCGGAGGUUUGGAGAAGGUGGAACAGCUCCAGAAUCAUGAGAAUGAGGACAUCUAUAAACUGGCCUACGAAAUUAUCGAUCAGUUCUUCUCUUCCGAUGACAUUGAUGAAGACUCCAGCUUGGUCCCAGAAGCCAUCCAGGGUGGAACGUACGGUUUCAACUCCUCCACCAACGUGCCAGCAGAAGGGUUUCAGUUCUAGACCGCGUCAGAGCGUCUGGAGUUUUGUUGGCGAUGCAGCACUCUGUUCAACAUAAAAAUAAUUAGGAGAGAAAGCGAGCGAGCGAGAGAGAGAGAGAGCGAGCGAGUGUGAAAGAAAUUAGAUCCAUUGUGCUUGGCUCAUGGGAUCCAUAGCUGCAUCUAAUCCGAGAGAAAUUGUGUGGAUUUCGUUUGGCAUUCCGAGGAAAGAGGUCCAAAUGAAGUUUUUCGACGGCGAGUGAGUGCGAAUGAUGAGUGGCUACUAUAUGUUGCAAAAAUCAACCAUCUACACUGAAUGCGUUGAGAGACAUUUCGUGAAACUUCACACACAACAAAAAGUUACCAGGCGUGUCUAUUACAAGUUUUCAAAAAAAACAACAACGACUAAACAGGAGGCAAGUCAAAUAGAUCUGAUGUCACCGCCUCAGGGGGAGACACCAUGACAUCACAAUCUAUUCCAAUUUGAAGGCAAGACACUUGCAAAAAGCAAAAGCUUCACGUUUAUACAAAUCAAUACAAAUCUAACUGGAUGAACUCAAGACAAAGAAAACCAAUCCACAUCAUACCUUCUGAGGUUUCCGUGACCCGAGGGGAGGGGCCACCCUGGAUAGGCUCCUCCUCCCCUCCUCCUCCAUGGCCAUGCAGCGAGAGACUUGUGUAUGAAUGGACUCAUGAAUGCGUAUGAAUGUCUGGACUCGAUGCAGGGGAGCCAGAGCUCAUCUCCUCUAGUGAAACCCUCCACGGACAUGACACGGGCCCGCCCCCCUCCUCCGACACGGGUCCCAGAGUCCAGCGGUACCCGCAUGGGUCGCGUGUGCUAGAGAAAAAACAAACAAAAAAAAAAACAACACGAAACAAAACAAAAACAAAAUGGACGAGUGGUGGUGUGUGUGCGCGCGUGACUGGGGUGUGCAAGGAGAAAGCGGAUGAGAACGCAUGCAGAGAGAGUCAACAUCGAAAAAAAAGAUUGAAGGAAAAAUGAGAUUGCAAAAAAAGCAAACGAGGAAAUUUAAAACAACGACAUAAUUACCAAGAAAUACAAAACAAGAAUGGAGUAAAAAGAAGGGGAUUUAAAAAAAAAAAAGAAAAAAAAAAGUGGAAAACCAUUUGUCUGUGAAAAAAGAGAAGGCUGAUCUAACACGAGUCUUGGAGAGGAGAAGAAAAAACCGACACCUCCUCAUCAGCUACAACAUCGACUUUAAACAUCAACGUCGUCACAACUUUUGUUUUUUGUUUUUAAUUCAUGAGUUAGUAUUAAAUCAACACUGGACAGUGCUGUUGGACGGACAGACAGACAGACGGUAGAGCCGUUGUGCAUUGUGUAACAGAUGCAUUUUGGUGGUUCCGGGGGGCUUAGCUAAAAUGGCCCUUAGCGUGUACCUUUUUAUUUUCAUUUUAUUUCUUCAGCUUUUAUUUUUUUUCCUUCCGACGCUUGUGUAGAAGUGGAACAUUGCGCAACAUCUAUGCCCCUCCCACCCCUUCUAUGCCCCUCCCUCUCCUUCCUUUCCUCUGUGCCCCAUAUUGAUUUGAUGCUGUGAAGUCUCUAUGACAUCACCAUAACUAACCACAUGACUGUUUUUCCUUCCUGCAUGACAAAAAUUCCUUUUGUUUUCCUUUUUACUCUUUUUUAGUUUCCUUGGAGCAAAAAGUAACUGUAUUGCCAUAGCUUCGAGCUUACAAAAAUAUCACAGGGGGGAAAAAUGACAAGAUAUGGCCAUUUUCUGUAACUUUGUGGAACAUAAUCUUUGCAUGUGCUAAACUACAGCAUAGUUACUUCUAGGGAUUUUUAGUUUGUUAGGGCUUUGUACACCAUGUAAUUUCUUUUUCUAGUCGACUGUGCUGUUGAAAUGUCACACGUCUCUCUCUUCCUGUUCCCCUUAAUCACCUCUCUCUUUCUCCAGCCCUUUACCCCCACCAGACUUAGUUUCUGAUUUCACAAGUUCUGAACCAUUUUUUUGCACAUGUACGGACGACUGGGAGGCCUCAAGUCACAGGAGACAGGUGGUGGUGGUGUGGUUAGAUUUCAUGAUUUAAGAAGAGAGAGAGAAAAAAAAUAAAACCAACACCACCGUCUAUAUGCAUUAUACAAUUACAAUCUUAAUUUUAAUUUUAUACCUAGAUGAACUAGCCAGAGUUAAUCCAUACUGAGCCAUGUCAGUGGACUGACAGUGACCCAAAUGGAGGAGAAAAAAAUAAUAAUAUUUUCCUCGACCUAGUGAUCGACCUGCCUCGGUUUUUUUUUUUUUUUUUUUUUGGACAGUGCCCCUUCCUGUGGGGCUGCUGUCGGCCCUGGCGGGGUUAAGAGGUCUCCCGCACUCCUGGCACACCAGUAGAAGUGUGGUGCCUUCUUUUUAGAGCACAAAAAACAUGCAUGUACAAAACUGUGCUGUACUUCAACCCAUCCCCAGAGUCCCCUGCCCCUGCCCCCCCUGUAGGCUGCCCCAUACCCUUUUGUUUGUGUUAUAUAUGAGAAAAAAAAAAAAAACCUUCAGAACACUGUAGAGAUGGAUUACACUUUGUCGUCAUAACCUUCUGUUGGACAUAGGGUAAUAUUUUUUUGCAGCAUUCCUUGUUAGCAAAGUUUCCAAGAAAUUGGUAUAGAGGAAAAGCUGGUUUGCUUAACCUGUUGGAUUUUGGCUACAGGCUAGGUUGUCUUUGGUGAAAAUAAAUAUCGAAACGCUA